AUGCAGAUCGCUUUCUUGCUUUUGUAUGUUUUUCCUGGAAUUUUUGGAAUUGAAUUUUAUCCAUUCAGAUCUCAUGCUGGAGACAUAUCAGUCAGUAAAAACGAUGACGGAAGUUCCCCGGAUAUUCCCAUAGUAACACAGUUCCCAUUCUUUAACCAUCAACACGACCACUUGAUUGUCAACACAAAUGGUGUCAUAUCUUUCCUGAAAACGGUUUCAACAUAUACCCCGAAUCCCUUCCCACUGGAUGGCGACCGAAGGCUGGUUGCAAUUUUCUGGGCUGAUGUCGACACACGAAAAGGAGGGACUGUCUGGUAUCGAGAGUCAACCAAUCAAACAAUACUAGAAAGAGCAACAAACGAAGUCAGAACAUACUUCCCACAGUUCUUCCGUUUUCAAGCUACUUGGGUAUUCAUAGCUACCUGGGAUAAUGUUGCAUUCUUCGGUUGUUCUCCAUGCACGAAGAGAAAUACAUUUCAAGAGAUUCUUAUUACAAACGGCCAACAUUCGUUCACUGUUUUUAAUUAUGGACAAAUUGAAUGGACAACGGGAAAAUUCAGUGGCGGGGAUGAAAGAACGGGCCUUGGAGGGACACCUGCUCAAGUUGGUUUUAAUGCAGGAGAUGGCAAAGUAUUUUUUGUCGUCGAUGCCUCUAGAACUCCAGACAUCGUCAACGUUAACCACAUGACAAAUAUUGGAAUACCGGGAAAGUUCGCUUUUCGUAUUGAUGCCGCUGAGAUUGGUAACGGUGGCUGUAAUACACAAGGCAACUUGCUGAUUUCACCGAGGCACGGUCCGAUGCUGGGAGGUCAAUACUUAGUGAUAAGCGGACCGUGCAUUAACCAAGACGAUGUUAUCCAGAUACAAUAUUCCCCAAUGCUGACGUUAUUUCAUUGCAAACGAGAAUCAAACUACAGUGCCAUCUGUAUCACUCCGAUAUUUAACAUAACUGAUGACAUCACGGUCAACGUCAUCAUUAGAGACAACAAGGGACAGGAACAACACCAUACAGGACUCUAUACGAUAGUGAAUCCAGCUUUGUUUAAAAAUCCUGUAAAAAGACACCAGCCUCAAAAUUGGAACAAUGGCCAACAACACGUAGUUUCCUGGGAUCCUCAUGUUUUUGAACUGAAGGAUUCCGAACAUGUUCAGAUACACUUAUUCACUAUAAAAGAACAGUUGCACAACCAGCUUGUGUGGGAAAAAACUGUGUUGCACGAAGACAUACCGACAAUCCUUGGAACAUAUACCAUUGGACUUCAGACGGAUGGGUAUAUGGCGGCAAUCCGUAUCACUGCCGCUUUAGAAACAGAUACUGACUCACCAGAAAGGGGUAUUUGGUCAGAUAUCUUUGCAGUUGUUCCGCAACGCCAAAAAUCAAGGCGGUUUUGCCAAAACUGGUUAAGACAAGAAUUUCACCUUUCUGGAGUGUCGUCGGAGAACAUUCCACCCUGUCCUUGCACACUACAGCAAGCUCUGAUGGACACGGCUCGAUACCAGCCUGAUCCCGACUGUAAUAUGGUAACAAAGACCAGGGAUGGUGACUUCAAUUGCCUGUACAGAGCUGAUGCCCAGCACUGUGUUAGACUCAGGAGAAUCACAAAUGCUGAAUCUUUGUUCACUUAUCCAAAUGGUAAAUCCUACAUGUAUUACAACAGUGAUUCAAAGAAAAACUUUCGUCCAGUGUUUUUGUCAUCUAUUGCUAGUUCUUCGGGACAAGAGGCUAGAGAAGUGUGUGGAAACAACACAGACUGCUUGUUUGACUUUUAUGUAACUGGGUCUCGGGAAAUUGCUCAGGCUACCCUUCACUUUACAUCUGAACUAGAGGAUGCAUUGAAUGCGGCCAAGGAAGUGAUCGCCUGUCCAGUACUCCAGUCCGUAAAUGGGGGAAGUUGGCUUUCCAACAGCACAAUAGAGAAUGCGACGGCUACUUUUUACUGUCUUGAAAACUACUCGAUGAAUGGUACCUGUCAACCCAAAACGUGUAUAAAUGGAACAUGGACUAAUAUCCAAAUGUGCUCAUGUGAAAUGAGCCCGACAACAGCUGAAUCUACACAUCGAACAACUCCAGUCGCAGAAUCAUCGACAAUGCCAACGACUACAUCUAAAGGAACUUCAACCUCCAGAGCCACCACAAAAACUUCAUUCUCGACAAUCACCAGAGCGCCAAGAACUACACUUCUAACAACACCGACACUUUCAACCUCUACGGCAACCAGAAACAGGGCAAUAUCUACAUCUCGAACAAUAUCACCUUCGAAAGGUACCAAACCACCGCCAUCUAUAUCCCCAACGUUGACCUCGAUAGUCACCACAACAAGAGAAACGACAACAUCUCAAAAAUUUUUAACCUCGACGGUCAGUAAAACAGUGCAAACAACUACACCUCAAAAAGUUUUACUCACGACAGUCAGCAAAACAACGCAAACAAAUACACCUCAAAAAAUUACAACCACGACGGUCAGCAAAACAGCUCGAACAACUACAUCUCCAAAUUUUUUUACUACGAUGGUCAGCAAAACAGCGCAAACAACACCUCAAAAAUCUUUAACAACGACGGUCAGCAAAACAGCGCAAACAACUACGCAUCAAAAAUCUUUAACAACGACGGUCAGCAAAACAGCGCGAACAACACAUAAAACUCCCACCAAUCCACACCUACCACAAACAUCUUCAAUGCAUACAACCGCCCACAAUAGAGUUUCUCUAAAUCCCAAGGGACAAAACGCUGUAUCAACAGAUGACAGCUCUGUUAUGCUGAAGUCUGUUUAUAACUCUAUCAAAAUGAUGUGGGUCAGCGUUGGUGGAGGAGUGAUAAUAAUCAUCAUCAUUGUUCUUAUAACGUCCUUUGCCAUCUGUUUCAAAAUGAGAUCGAAGUCACAGUGUGUGAAGGGGGAUGAGAGUACUUCUCUUUCCUCCCAGAGCUCGACUGGAUUUAGAAAACCUGUAGGAAUACCUCCGCUGUCACGUGUGAGUUUGUCCAGCGAGACAAACCACGCUUAUUCCGAUUAUAAUGAAGGCAGUAGGUUCAGCUUGCCUCGUUACAACGUUCACAAAAACAGUGCAUAUGGAUACUUCGAUUCUGAUUGCCAAGUCGUAGGUAACCCGGCGAGAGAGCAGCGGGGCUAUUACUAGUGAGAGCAGGCAUAAAGCAGAAAAAUGACAACUUUUGUGUAUUCUUUCCGAUGCAUUUAUAUAUGUUAAUUUAAAAUGAUUUUAAAAGAAA